AUGGCAGGUGUAUGUCAACAGGUGCUUGCUCUGGAUGCAAAAUAUAAUGCUUAUCGUACACCUAAUAAUCCUCAAUUUAGGACAUUAUAUAUUCGUAGAAGAAGUCAGUUAUUGAGAGAAAAUGCCAAGAAAGAGUCAGAUCCGUCAACCAGGAAAGAAUAUCUGAGGUUAAGAGCACAGUUACUCAACUCUAGAUAUGGAAGUCCAGCGUUUUCUGACCAGGGUAGAUCCUUUAGUCUAAGAAGUAUUAGUAGGAAUACAGCAGAGAGUUAUGAUUCUCUGGCACCAUUUGGUCCAAGUGAUGGAAGAUCUCGUCAUAGAAGACAUACCAGUAGUGGAUCAUUGAAACACCUGUAUGAAGGUCCAAUGAAGAGAGUGUAUGACAGUAUUGAGGUUGUACCUACAAGUGCAGCUGAGGCUAGUAGAGCAAUGGCAGGAGGUAAAACAGUCUCAGAAAAUUAUGCUUUUGCCGGCAUGCAUCAUAUAUUUGAUCAACAUUCAGCUGCAGUGACAAGUGUAAAGUUUGCCAAUGAUGAUAAAACAAGAGUAGCCUGUUCAUCAUUAGAUGGUACCCUCUCAAUCUGUCAAGUAAUCCCUCCACCAGCUACUGUUAUCUGUAUGUUAAAAGGUCAUAAGGCUGGAGUUACAGAUUUUGUAUGGUCUCUAUCUAAUGAUGUCCUGUUAUCUGGAAGUAAAGAUAGUACAGCUAGAUUAUGGGAUGUGGCUGCUGGAACGUGUAUGAGAGUUAUACAAGAUAGCAGUGGUGGAGAAAUCAACUGUUGCAUAUUUCAACCUCUUAAUAAUAACAUGUUUGUGAUUGGUAAUAGUAGAAGUAUGGUACAGAUGAUGAAUAUGUCUACAGGAAAGGGAUAUAAGGGUGGAAGUAGUAAAAUAAGUGGUCAAGUUUUAUCCAUGGCCUUUGAUUCUACUGGUCGUAUAUUGUGGGCUGGUGAUGAUCGAGGUUCUAUAUUCUCAUUCUUAGUAGACAUCGCUUCUGGUAAAUUAACUAAAGCUAGAAGAAUAGUGGUAUGUGAUGGACAAGCUAUUACCAGUAUAACAGCUAGAGCAUGGUUAAGUCGAGAAGCAAGAGAUCCAUUAUUAUUAGUUAAUUGUUGUUUAAAUUCACUUUGUUUAUUCAAGAUUGUUGGAGAUGACGGUGCAUUACAACUAAAAAAGACUUUCCCUAUAAAACAGAAAUCAUCUCAUAUUAAAAGUAUAUUUUGUCCAUUGAUGUCAUUUAGAAUGGGAGCCUGUGUCAUAUCAGGAAGUGAAGAUAUGUGUGUUUAUUUUUUCGAUGUAACAAAAGACAGUAAAACCUGUGUCAAUAAAUUAUUAGGACAUUCAGCACCUGUAUUAGAUGUCUGUUUUAAUUGUGAUGAAAGUUUAUUAGCUUCCUGUGAUGAACAAGGAAUGGUUAUAAUUUGGAAGCGAGAGGGAAAACAAGCACAGUUAUAA